AUGUCAGCGCCCAACACCCCGAAGAAGAACGCUAGCACCGGCUCUCCCAAGAGCACCUACAAGCCGUUCCCGUCAACGGAUGGCUUUCAGCAGAGUCAGCAAACAAGCCCGCGCGCGCACGCGCCGGCGAAGUCCGCCAAUUCGCCCGCGAACAAGAGCGAUAAAUCGACCAGUGCUGGAAGCGGUGCAGGAAGUCCUCCCCGAUUGGGCGUCGACGUCCCCGCCUACUUCACGCCCAUCGAGGGCAGUGUUGGCCUAGCCUUCUCCGACCGCCGUGCCUCGAGCAGCACGUACACACACUCCCCGACGCCCACCGACGCCUCUGCUCCCCCGAGCCUGGGUACUCACAGAUACGCGGCCCUGUACACGGCUGCACUGCCCGCGAAGGACCCGAAUCAGCGUGAGCCUGGCAUCCUUCCUACUGAGGAUAUCGUGACAAAGCUCCGCAACCCGGACCGUGCCCUGUACAUCGAGAACGACACCAAGGUCAAGAUCGGCUGGGAGGGUAUCAUGUACACCUGUGGUGCCGAGAACUUCCUGACCGCCGCCGAAGAUGAAAAUGGAACCAAGCGACGCCUGCUGAGCCCCGAGACGCAGCUGUACCAGUUCGGUUUGAGCAUGGGCGUACCAAAGCCCGUCUACGACUGGCUGUGCAGUGACCCAGCCGCUGGUGUGAUGGUCUUCGACGCGUCGAUCUUUGAACCGAUCGACUGA